AUGGAAGAAGAGGAGCAGGCCAACGAGGAAGAGGAGUUCAAAUCAGAGGAGGAAGAGGAGCAGGCCAACAAGGGAGAGGAGAAGAGUGACAAAUGCACUCAGGUUAAGGACACUGUGAGUAACAAGCAGCUUAAGAGUAAGACGUCCACAGACAAAAGACGUGGAGCCAUAUACCACACUUACAAACCAGGGGACCAGCUGAAUCAUGUCAAGGGUGAUGGAGCUGCUGGUCCCAUUUGGAUCCCUGUAAGAGGCACUUCACAGCAGGAGGGGUUUAAUUUCCACCAGGCUCAGCGGGAAACGGGAAACCGCGUCUCUCCUGAGUUGUUCCAGGCGCAGGGUAUGACUGGUGUGGCACGCUGGAAUUAUCAGCGGCUGGUGGACCUGAAGCAGCCUGGGGUUGUCUUACCUGGAGAGUUUGACCCUGUUUUGAUGAUGGAGUUAAACAGGGCAUCUAUAAGAGUGACAGGGCAACCCAAAUAUCCAGCCUUGCACAUCUCCAGCAGGGACACAGGAGAGAGGUUUGGCCUGCAAUAUGUGGAGCCAGGCUGUCGACCUGUGCCUCUUGACUUUGACAAACACAAAAGCAGGAAGACAGACCUAGGAGAUGUGGAGAUGCAAGAAAAGUCUUCAUCUGGCGUUCCGUUCUCAUUUCCAUCUCAGGAAUGCUUAAAGGAUACCUCUUCUGCUAAGACCCCUCUUGCUGCAGAACUAGAGGCCACCCCACAGACUGUCAUUUUUCACCAGUUUUCCACUCCAAGUGCUGUGACAAGUGAAGGAACAAACAACUGGGCAAUGUCCAAUGAGAAAUGCCAUUGA